AUUGAUGAGCACACUUGCAAGAUACUUCCUUAUGUUGAUGCACGUCUGAAGUGACAUUGCAAAGUUAUGCCAGUGCAGUUGACUCCAUGACAUGAGCCUGUGAACAUUUGUGUUGGUAAGAAGAAAUGCAAUGUCGAUUCGGAGACCAAGGAAAGUACGGAUGGGUUCAUCCCGUCGACAUCUAGACAGGACUUCAUUAUUGGCGCAUGAUGUGACCCCAGAAACCCAAACAGACCCUCUCUCCAUUACGGCGGUAGACAUGGAAUCCGUUAAUUCAGAACAUGGAAACCAACUUCAUUUCAAGGAACCCAUUUCUGAAACACUGCAUGAAACAAGCGAGGGCUUGGCAUUUGCAAGUGAAAAAUGUGGAAGCUUGAUCCAUCCACCAACCACGUUUGAGAUUGACUCACACUCUAACCAGUUCCGGAGUGUUUCACCAAAACCAUCUCAACCUCAAAACGAGUUCAUGUCUGGAAACAGAAAUGAGAAUGCAGGCAUGAGUUGGACAAAUGACUUAACCCGAGAACAGUGUAGAGAAUUCAGUGCAAAUAUAAAAGAGUCCCAAAUGGGGAUGUUGCCUUACGAAAGCUGCGAAAAAACAACGCUGCAAAUAUCAAAACCAGGGGAUGACACUCACAAAGUCAGUCAGCAUCCAAGGCUCAACAGCUCUCUGUAUUCAUCUCCUUGUCAGCCACUCACAGGCGACCUGUCUAAUAGUAAGCAAUCAUCAGACAGUAUUAUACAUAAGGAAGAAGUUGAAAGGGAAUUUAGAAAAGAGGAUUCCAAUAAUUUGGCGGUCUCCUUAACAGGAACUAUUGCUGAAGGUCAGGAAUACUUAUUGCAGGUUGAAGGUAUUUGUGGUGAUGCGCCAUCUCUAAUGAAAGAGCACGAGGUGAGCAAUGACGUGAACCCAUUGUUAAAACAGUCUGAACAUCCAACACAAUCUGUGGUGUGUCCAUUACUCAUUGAAAUACCCAACCAAAAAGAAGAGGCUGAACAAGAGCAGAUUACUUAUACCACAACCGAUUCACAUGAUUCUACAGGCAAUUCUGUAAUAGUUGUUGAAAGCCAGCCCCUUCUAACCAUGCAAUACACUUUAAACCCCAGCUCCAACCAGGAAAUUACCAUACAAGAUAAUCUAGAAAACACAAAACGUGAUCACAUAUUUGAUAUGAGUGAGCUAGGUCACAACCUGAAAGAAAAAUCCUUCAGCCAAGUAUGUGACUCUGAACAGAACAGUGAUGGUACAGCCUUAGAUGCUUCAGGUUUAGUUAACGAUGUCAAACAGACUGAGGUGGCAUCCAACCAAGAGCAGGUCAGGGAUUUAGAUAUGAAAUCCUCCAUGAAGAAGAGAAGGAUGGGUUCCAGUCGCAGGAUUGGUAAUCAGGGCAAAGGGGGAGGUGAAGAUCACUCAGGAGAAAUAGUAGAAUCAGACUUUUCCUCAAAUCUUAACAAGACCAACAAGUAUUUUGAAACAGAGUUGAAAGUUGAGAUGAAAUGCGAUUUAGAGUCACUUGAGGGGGGUACACUUGGAACUUCCACAGACAAAGUCGAUUGUCUUUUGUUAAUGCCACCUCAAUCUGAGAUCAAGGAAAGAGGUAGUGAGGACAUAAUAGAUAGAGUACGAAAAGAAACAUAUACAGGGGGUCAUAUUCACUUGUCCCCAGAUAUUUCUCAUGGUGAUGGAGAUGAAAGAAAAGAGGAUGAAUCUGAAGGAAAAGGUGAAAUUGUAGAAAAGAUGGAAGUGAUUAAAAUCCCGCUGUCCAAAACAUUGGCAGAAGUAAACAACCAGGAAAUCACUGAAAAAUUGUCAAGUCCAUACCAUGAGGAAAACCUGUGCAGAGCGGCUACUGAGCCACAGGAGAAAGACAUCAGCCCACCAGGUGCAGUAUUUGAUUUGAGUGAGCUAGAACACAACGUAAAGGAAAAAACCUGCAGCCAAGAAUUUGAACCUGAAGGCCACGUAAACAAUGAGCCAUUGGAAUUAAUUGAAGACACUGCACGAGAGGAAGGAGAAGGGCACCCUAUAAAAGUUGGGGCUCUGCAGUCAGAAUACUCCUCAGCUUCUGCCCAUGAUGAGUAUGAUCUCACAUUUCCGACUAGAAGUAGGACUAUAUCCUUCAACGAUGGGUCAGUUGAUAACCCCACAAAACUACCAAUUACAGAAUUAAUGGAACCAGAGAAGAAUCAAAGUGCAAACGAAAAAAAUGUCACUCUGGAUUCAAAAAUAGAUUUGAAACAUGGAUACAAUAAUGACUCCAAUAUAACAACUGAGUUCAACCCAGAAUCUGAAGAUGUUGAGCCUAUUUCAAGCAAUGUCACACUAAGUGAUAGUCACAGUAUUGAUGACUUGGCCGUAGAGAGCUGUCUAUUGACUAACAUGAGAGAAAUACAUCCUUUGGCCACAGUUCCUCAACAUGUUCCCUCGUCUGGAGAGGAUCAAUGCUACUCAGUAGAAAUGUUUGCCCCCACUUCAUCACAACUACAGGACGAUAGUGAACAAGUUGGAGCGCAAACGAGCACAGGGAUAUCACAUUCAUUAGGAAUAACAGAACUGGGCUUAAUUAAGAGUUAUCAUGAAAAUGAAAACACAAACCCUGUAGAGAUGCCUGAGGUAGAGAAUGAUUUACCACAGAACAGUGAUGGUACAGCAGUAGAUGCUUCAGGUUUAGAUAACAAUGUCAAACAGACUGAGGUGGCAUCAAACCAAGAGCAGGACAGGGAUUUAGAUACAAAAUCCUCCAGGAAGAAGAGAAGGAUGGGUUCCAGUCGCAGGAUUGGUAAUCAGGGCAAAGUAGGAGGUGGAGAUCACUCAGGAGAAAUAGUAGAAUCAGACUUUUCUACAGAUCUUAACAAGACUGAUAAUGAUUUUGAAACAGAGUUGAAAGUUGAGAUGAAAUGUGAUUCAGAGUCACUUGAGGGGGAAACACUUGGAACUUCCACAGACAAAGUCGAUUUUCUUUUGUUAAUAGCACCUCAAUCAGAGAUCAAGGAAAGGGGUACUGAGGAAAUAAUAGAAAUAGCACGCAAAGAAAUAUAUACAGGGGGUAAUAUUCACUUGCCCCCAGUAAUUUCCUAUCCCGAUGUAGAUAAAAGAAAAGAGGAUGAAAUUGUAGAAAAAAUGUCACAUCCAUACCAUGAGGAAGACCUGUGCAGGCCUGCUUCUGAUCCACAGGACAAAGACAUCAGGCCACCAGGUGUGGAUGUCCUCAUGCUUGUCCAGAACUCUUUGUCAAAAGAGAACGCUCCUCACAGCCUGGACAUUAACAGCUCAAUCCUCUUUGCUCCAGUUUCUGAUAUCAGGGAUAAUGAUGACAAGAUGGACACUGCAGGCCAACAUCAAACUGCACUUUCAUCAAAUGUAGAUCCUAUUAGUGGCCAUGGGAAUCAUGGGUCCCUCCAACAUGUUAAAGACGAUGACAACCAUAUUUUGAGGAGAAGAAAGAUGGGUUCAUCUCGCUGGACUAAAGGAAGUGCAACAGGGUCACAAGAAGGUUCAAAAAAAGCACAUACAACAGAGGACAAAGAGAUAAAAAAAGAUGCAGUGUUAUCGGAGACCAUUUCUGAAGGACCUGAGAAGGUUGUGACUACUGAGGAGGAACCAAACCAGAUAGGCAGUGAUACGCACCAGUCAAUGAGUGAAGCUCCAAAAAUUUUGAGGAGGAAGCUGGGCUCCAAUAAUAUGACCGGCAGAAUGACACCAAUACAAGAGAACUCAAAGGAGAAGAAGGAGGUUGAGAGUGAGGUCUCAGAAGAUAGGAAGAUAUUCAAAGAUGAGCUCAAAUUGAAAGUAAACAAAGAUAAUGAGACAGAGCGGAGUGGAGAGAGAAGUUCUGAGACCGAUGUAAAACCAGUGAACACAACCUUAAAUGCUCUCCCUAUCGAAUUAUCCAAUGACUUACACGUUGAGGGUAGAAGAAGGAAAUUAGGUUCUCAAAGGAAGUCAAGGGGACAGCACCGCCAUGACUAUCCACCUGAGAGUAAAGACCAUGGAGCCUUGAUCUUUGGAGAACACCUGCCACCUACAGAACCACUAAGUCGGCAGAUAAGUGGUGAUGCAACCCUUACCUUUGAUACCUUGAAUAAGUGUGACCGCAGAGCCAACUGCUUCAAUGUGGUGAUGGUUGGGAGUAGCAAUGUUGGCAAGACCUCAUUCAUGAAAAGGAUUCAAAGCGGAUCGUAUUCUCCAGAUUUCAGUGCCUCGAUUGGCAUUGAUACGUGCAUUCAUGCAUUACCAGUGGAUGGGAGGGAAGUGAUGCUGCAGAUAUGGGAUACAGCAGGACAGGAACGGUUUCAUAGCAUCUCAAAACAGAUCUUCCAUAAAGGACAAGCGUUCCUGUUGAUGUAUGACAUCACUUCCUCCGUGAGUUUCACUGACGUCAGAUACUGGAUCAGCUGUAUACAGGAGAGUGCUGGAGAAGAGGUCAUAAUGUUGCUGCUUGGUAACAAAAGUGAUUGUGCAGGACGUGAGGUCACUCCAUCUGAGGGAAAACUCCUUGCUAAGGAAUAUAAUAUUGACUUCAAUGAGUGCAGUGUUGCCACAGGUGAACACAUUGUUUCCAGCAUUGAAUCCCUAGCAAGGAAACUGACUGAGAACUACCACAAAAUAGAGGAAGACGUUGUUUUACAACAACCGAAAAAGAGAUGCUGCUGAGGAAGCCAUGAUAAGCAUCGUGCUGUUGUGACAUGUAUAACCCUAUUUCUGGACUAUAGUUAGUCUAACAAGUAAUAUACAUGUAAUUGUAAUUGUUCCUCUUGUACAUGUUUAAAAUUACCUUAUUUGGGAAAUGCAUUUAGCUCAAUAUGUUUUGUAUUUAAAUUAAUUUUACAUAAUCAUUUUAAGGGAAAAUGAGGGAUGUUAGGGAGAACAUAAUUACAGUAUUAGGGUGGCAAGCACAAAGUGUGAAGGCAACCUAUUGUAAUUGUUAGUUUUAUUGGUCUCCUAUUAUCUUAAGUCCAAUACCAAAGUUGUUUAGAAUCAAAUUCUUAACAAGAUCGAAACCACAUAUUUUCAAUUAGGGCGUGGCAUCUAAAUGGGCAAGAAUGAUCCAUUCAGAAUCAUCCUAAGCCAUUUGACGUACGGUCAUGAAAUUUUGUUCGCCCAUCAACUGAUCCAAGCUGAGGCUAUUCCAGUGUUUUCAACCGUAUGCAAACAAAAACGGUCUUAAUUGUCUGCGUCAGGGUCUUAAUGGUCUGACAGGGUCUUAUUGGUCGGCUUUAGGCUUGGCACCCGUGAAACGCUACUUGCAGCUUUAUUUACCUUAAGGUCCUUCUCAGAUUGAGUUAUUUUUUGGCUUGCCAUUGCAAUUGGCUGCAAAUGAGUCAUUCAUACUGUUGUAGCCCAUAACCUGAGAAUGCAAUUCUAAAUCGUGCAAAUGGAGAAUGUAAUUGAGGAACAGUCUACAAUCUAGCGAAGUGUCCCAUUUCAUUUCCAUCGUGCAUGUUAACUGCUUCCCUUAAUAGAAAAAAUAACCUGACUUGAACUUCUCCUUUUGAGUUGUAACAAGGCAAGCUCUCAAGUAGAUGGCAGCUAUUUACAUUUAGGGCAUUUAGCUGACGCUUUUAUCCAAAGCCACUUACAAUAAGUACAUUUGUCAUAAGAAGUGAAACAAUAUAUCGCUGUCAGUACAGUAAAGAUGUUCAUAGAGCCAAGUGCAAGUACUAACAAUCGCUAGGCUAACCCAUUCCCUGUGUACAGCAAUGCUAGCAGCUACUGCAGAUGUUACACAAUUAAGUACUAUGAAUAAGUGCAAUGUAGAUUAAGUGCGUACAAGCAAUGAGUUAAAUCAUUAUCCAGUGUUGUGCUAGUUAAUCAGAGCCUCCCAGUUUGGAAUGCCGUACAUCAUUAGUCUUAUUCUAGUUAUUCUCUUGGAUUUACUUUUUUUGAAUCCUCUAUUUCCAACUUUAGGUUGAACCCGUGUCCAAGGUUUGGAUUGGUUUUUGACAUUAGUCCAUGAUUGUAGAAUGCUUCAUUAUAGCAGUUAUGACAAUGUAUGCAUGAAUGUAAUCCACUGCUGAUUCUAAAUAAAUAUGCAAAUGUUCCAGGGAAAAUUA